ACAAAAGGAAUGGCUCCUGUUCACAAAGUGACUCAGAAUGGAAAGGAUAAAACCAAUCUGAGGAAGCCAGUGGUGGAGAAGAUACGCAGAAAUCGUAUCAACAAAUGCAUCGAACAGCUUAAAGUUCUGCUCAAAGCUGAGGUAAAAGCCAAGCAGCCCUGCUGAAAACUGGAGAAGGCUGAUGUUCUGGAGAUGGCAGUCAUUUACCUGCAGUGCCACUCUCGGCCACUGGUGUCGCCAAACUCAAGCACACCGGCUGCACAGUGCAAUGAAGAAGGGUUCUCCAGGUGUCCUAUAGAGGAGACAGCACGAUUUCUCUUGUUUAACAAACUGCCAAAGACCACCUAACGUGUUUUAAUAAAGAACUUUGACAAAACACAGCAACCCAAAGGUGGCACAAAAUAUGAUUGUGUGUCUGCGCCCAAAGACAUCUGCCAGAUUUCUUCAAAAUGCUCAGGAGACCAGAUGCUUUGGAGA